UUCAGCCACAGCAAUGCAAAACCAGAGAAGUACGGGGAAAAAAAAAACAAACCAGCAACCCCCCACAAAACCCCUUUCAGCCCGCAGCUGCACAGCUUUAUCUCGCCCUGAAAAGGCCUUAUACCUGGUCUGUCAUGUAACAGAAGGGUUUUUCAUCACAGAAAGCAGCAUUUCAUCAGAAACAGACUGAUUAACAAUUAAUCAUCCUCACGGCAUGGAAGGAUUUCUUGCUAACGCAGCAGGUUGUCAGGUGUCUAUCACCAGCUCCCCGCUGCAGCAGGAGGAACCAGAGCUCAGGAUUGGAGACAUUUCAGGUUUCUGAACAGUAAGUCAUGUUGGGAAAAAAGUUGGUGACCGCACAGAAGCGAGGGGAGACGAGAGCCCUGUGCCUAGGGCUGGGGAUGGUCGCGUGCUCCAUGAUGAUGUACUUCUUCAUUGGGAUCACCAUUGUGCCAUUCUACACUAAAAGUGUCUGGACAACAGAAACCGUGUGCAAGGUGCUCAGAGCCACCAUCGAGGACAAAGUCCUCUGCCCAAACAGCAAGGGCUCGGAGGAUGAGGGUGUCUGUCACUACCCUUGUCUCCAGGUGUGGGUUAAUCUGACGGCCUCGGGACAGGAGGUCAUGCUCUAUCAGACUGAAGAUACACUGGAAAGAAACUCUAAGUGCUCCUACGUGCCAGGCAACUCUGAGAACCCCAAAGAGGUUCAAGCACGAAUAGAAACCAUUGCAAACAAUUUCAAAAAAUACCAGACUUUCCCAUGCUACUAUGACCCCGGAGGAACACAGACCAAUGUCAUUUUGAGCAGAAUUUACCCCCCCAGAGGUCUCAUCUUCACUUUCCUUUGGCCCACGCUCAUGUUCACUGGUGGAUGUCUGAUUAUCAUCCUGGUAAAGAUCAGCCAGUACGUUUCUGUUCUUUCUGCUUGGCAGUAGAAAAUAAAUAUCUGGCUCAGACUGUUGCUAGAUAUUAAAGUGCC